UGACUUCACCUGACGAAGGUCAUUGAAUACCAGUCCAGGCCCUUAACAUCAUUUUGCCCGACCGUCAUCUGCUAUUUUAGCUGUCUAUAAAUGUUUAGCGACAUUCCUUCUAAGCCUGAAGGCGUUCAAAGGGCACUCCUUAUCGGUGUGGCGAAAGUAAAAGGUUUCGCCACCAUCUCUCAAGCGUACAUAGAUGUGACGAGGAUGAGAGACUUCCUUGUGAAGUCUCGUGGCUACCAACUUGAAAACAUCGUCAUUAUGAUGCACAAUAAGAGUGUUCCACAAAAUUUAUAUCCUAACACAGCGAAUCUGCUGCGUGAGAUGGACAAUAUCGUCAAACUUACAUCUCAACACGAUCGGAUUUUCUUCUAUUACAGCGGUCAUGGCGAUCAAGUGCCUUGUAGACAUAACACUGAACCCGACAAAUUGGAUGAAGCUAUCCUCACCUACACGGGGAAGCGCAUAAUCGAUAAUGUUUUGAAAGAACACCUCGUCGAUCCAUUGCCUCAAGGCGCCAAAUUUUUCGCGCUUUGUGAUUGUUGCCACUCACACACAGUGCUGGAUUUGGAUCAUUACAACUGCAACGGGUUAAAAGGUGAGAGCUAUAUUUUAUGGUGUUUCCAAGUUGAUGUUGAUUAUUUCAGGUGGGUAUUUUGUUGCUCUGGUCGUCACACUUGAAAUGUUUGCUACAUAGGCAAGAAGCCCGAUGCCGCCAUCUUGAAGGAUAGCUGCGAGGAUCGGCUCUCGUCAGAGGAUGAUUCUCAAUCAAGGAA